CUACCUUGGCGACACAUAAGAACGAUUUAUACAUUGUGGGCUGCCGCAUGAUCUAUGGAUGUUUCAACAUGGUGGACGAUAACAAGUUAAAAGUCUUUUACAGCACUUAUGUAUUAGAAUUUUGGGCAGAAGAGGGUUUGUGGCAGUAGACAUGUAUCCCCGGUGGUAAGGAAAAUUGCGUUGUGUUACAUCUGUAAACACAGGCGCACCAAUGGCUGUCCGGUGGUUUUGCAGCCUGUUUGGGAAACCCUUUGAUGGUGGGAAGAGGACAAUGAAUCAUGGCAGUCAGCAGCCACAGACACAGCAGAUGCCAGGACCCUUUCCAGGUUAUGGAGGGCCCCAGGGUCCGUACGCUGGCCAGCACCCAGCCCUGCUCCGGCUGAGUGAAGUGCAGAAGGAGAUCGCCACCCUGGGUCCACAGGUGUGCACUUUCAGCGGCCUGCAGAACGAUAGAGAAUACAAACGACUGGAGCGAGAGCUGACCAGAUUACAGCUGGAGGUUGAUCAGGUGGAGACGGAGGGCCGUCCAGAGCUCCAGCAGUCUCGGAAGCGUGCUGCAGGAGAGGUGGAAGGUCUGCUUCGGUACCUUGAGGGCAAUGCUACACAUCCAUCUCGACUGGCCAUCGAGGAGUUAACCCAGGAGGCACAGAGGCUACUGAAUGAAGGGGUUGUGCAGCCUUUCCGGCAGGGCCAAGCUCUGGAUGCGUUUGAAAUCAGCGAGGAACUGGUGGAGGCUGUGCAGGAGGUAGCCAUGCGGAUGGCUCAGGUGAAGACGGGUGGGAGCGUACCGCUCAGGAAGGCCCGGUACAAGGCGCUGACACGGGUCUGUGCUGUACAGGAAAUACUGGAGGGUCGUGUGCGCACUAACACGCUGGCGCUGCCUCUGUCGGAUGACACGCAUGAGGCUGUGCAGCGUAUUAAUCAAGUCAUGGCACAGGUGAGUGGUGCACGGUGCCAGGAAGUGGCUCUGCUGAUGGGUCUCCGAGGGCGUGACAGCUGUGCCCACCUGGCAAGGAUCCUUACAGAGCUGCUGGUUGAGUUGGAUGCCCUUGAUGUGUCAAGUAAUGCCGCUGUCAGGAAUUACAGGAAACAAGUUGUGGAGGAGAUCACUGGCCUGUUGAAACAUCUUGACUUGGAGGGAGAGGGAGAUGAAACUCGCAGAUAUGAUCUAGCACAGAACGACUCUAUUCGGGAAAUCGAGGCAAUCAGGGGACGUGUCACAGUUCUACGGGAGGAGGUCCUCCGGUAUGGUGCCAUAGGACAGGGCUCAGAGCUGCAAGGUCUCCUUACUCACUUGGAUCAGGUAGACACAGGCCGUAAUCCCUGCAUACGGGAGGCACGCCGCAGAGCUGUGUUGGAAGUCCAGGCGCUCAUUACCUACCAAGACCUCCGGGAAGCACUUGGGCAUCGCAACCCCAUACCAGAGGAGCCCCCGUCUCAUGCAGCCGUCUGGAGGGUCUUAGCCAGCCUGUCCGACCUGCAGGCUCAGGUGUUGAGCUUUGAUGGCAAGAGAGCUGACAAGAGCUACAUGGUUUUGGAAGAGCUACUGACCAAACAGCUUCUAGCUCUAGAUGCUGUGGACCCACAGGGGGACCAGGAGACGAAAGUUGCUCGGAAGCAAGCGGUCAAACUCGCCCAGAAUAUCCUUAGUUAUCUGGAUUUGAAGACAGAUGAGUGGGAGUAUUGAGAGACAUAAAACACUGCUGUAUUGGAUAGAUUUCCUGAAUAAAGAGCCGCAAGAAAAGGCAAAAGCUUUUUGCUCUCUGUGACAUAUCAGGACGAGAUAUUGCAGUGCUGGAGGCCAUGGGUGGGAUUUUUAAUUUGUAUAUUGAAGACUCUGUGUAUUGCUGUGGGCAGCAAGACUGUUACCCAUGAUGCACCUGCUGCUUUUGUUGGUCCAUUAUAGGUCCCUGAAAACAGCCUUUCUUCAGGCAGAGGAAAUCCUAUUUUCUAAUGCACAUGAAGCAUUGUUUUCGUCAUAAUUCCAUCGUGUUUUUAGUUGAUUCUAUGCUAUUGGUUGGUGUGUUGUGGUGCUGAACCCUGUUGUGCUGCCAAAAUCUCCUUCUUGCUAUACCACAUGCUUGUUUGGAGUACGGUGUUAAAACUACAGUCUACAGUUUGAACUCUUCAUCCCUGUCCAGUUACACUCAUGAAGAAGCUCAAUGGCUUCUUUUAUGAUCACAACAGGUAGUACCACAAACUAUGUCAGUGUUUCUAGGUUUAUUUUCUUUAAAUUGCACUUUUAGAGUCUGGUCCUCCAGCUGUAGACCUAUAUCAUCCUGCAUCAUCCACAAUAGCUGUUCCAGUUUAAGUUAUUAAAAUAGUAUUUGGCUAAUGAUGCAUCAAAUAAACAUUGACGUAAAAGAUGUUUUAACAAAAGGAAGGGAAAACUCAAGCUGAGCCCAUUCUGCUGUUCUGUUGGAUUUUAUUGAGGAGCGCCAUUGUCUGUGGAGACAUUUCCAGUUAGUAUCGAUAUAAAGGACAAAAAUAGAAACUAGUUCAGAGGGUUUCUUGUCUUUUAGUUCUAGGCAAAAAGUGUUUCUGCAAACCACCAGGGAACCGAGCGAGAGAGUGUGUUUGUUGUUGAAAAGAGCUGUGUGUAUGUGUGCUGUUUUGGUUGUGAGAGUGAUCAAAGUGGACAGGAGGAUUCUAGAACAUUGAAGUGGCACAGAAGAGCGGUAAACUAUCAAAAAAGUGCUCGAGAACUCGCUGUUGAAUAUGACCCAAAUGUCUUUUUCUCAAAUGUGUGUUUUUUUUCAUCAAAAAACAUGAUAUUUUUAAACUUUUCAGUCACGAAUUAAUGAAUUGCACUCCAUUAAAUAUUGCACAGAAUGUCUGUUUAUUCAAAAUGUUUAUCAGGUCUUUAAGCUGUCAAAAAAUAGUUAGAAUUCAUUUCAAUAGAGAUAGGUAGAGAUUGAGGGGGCAAAAUUAAGGUGAUACAUUACGGUAGGUAAUAUAAAUGACUCCAAAUUAAUUAUAGCAAAUGUAAUAAACACUAGGGGUUUAACAAUGUUCAGACCGAACCAAGAAACGGCAGUGCACUAUGGGUACGUAACACUCACAUGGCAUACCAAGCUAAAGCUAAAGGAGUGAAUGCAAACGCUUCCAGCCCAGUCCAGGCCCAUUGUUGAGUUUGACAUCACUUUGCCUUAUGUCACAAAACGUUUCCCUUUUUUGACAUUUGAUUAAAUAGUAAUUUGUACUUUAAACAACUUAUAAGAGCUGUGUUUCUUUUUUAAAUAGUAUACAGUUACUGUCUUCGAAAGAGAAAUGUGAAGCCAAGGUAUAAAAGUUAUUUUUUUUUUAUUAUUAAGUUAAAGGUGAAUCUAAAAAAGUGAACCCUGCUCCAAAGCGAACCAAACCAUGUUAUAUUGUUACAUCCCAGUACCUAUACCUAUAAGUACAGCGAACUCAUAUUUGAUUACACCAUAUUUACCAUUGAUUAAAUUUAAGAAAGUUUGAAAACCGAAGUUGAUAUAUCCUUUGUUAAUCUGCCAGGUGAUAUUUUUUUGGCCAGUGCUGAUAAUCUCAAAAUAGCCAAAUAUCGUUUGAUUUGCCAGUUUAUACAUAAAAUAAAUAACAAUAAAUGAAUAGCAUAUGAUAACAAAAUCUGAUUUUACAUAACUUAAUUAAAUUUGCUUGUUGAAUUUAUGAUAAACAACAUAUUUUAUAUAGGGUCUGCUGUUUUAUGGUAUUUUACAAGAAAAUGUAAUUGAAGAGUAUCUGAAUUAGCGUUUUUGCUUGAUGUGUGAUAUAGUUCCUAUUAAAGGACCCCUCAGAGACUAAGUGAGAAGUGCGGGACAAGCUUGUCCAUAGUACAAACCGUGACAGUAUCAAGUUUAAUCGUUUAAUAAUUAAUCCAAGGCCAAAUGUGUGCCAUAUUACGGCUAUUAUUAACAGCAUAACUCUCCAAUAUAAGGGCAUUUUUAUGGCUAAAUAUGAUAUUCUGUUAUUUAUAUAUCAAGCUCUGCUCUUGCGAAUGAGGCUUUAUAUUAAACCUCAAUAGGUUACUUUUUGAAAGUGGAACAGUGCUGCCCUUUUAUGUUGGUGUUUAUUUUUCCCAUGUCCCAAUUGUCACUAGCCUGGCCUAGAUAAGGGCACAUCCAGUUAGCCCAAAUGUCAACAGUUAUGAAGCAGCGCCACCAUUAUCAACAAAGGAUACGAGUUGCACUCGGAGCAGAAGCGAACACUUUUAUCAGAUGGAAAGAUGAGGGUCCAGAAGUGAUGAGUGCUGGAAAAGAUACAGAGAGCAAAGAGGGUAUAGAGGUCGUGGUCAGAACAGAUCAAUCCCGAAUCUGUCAUCAGAUGGCUUUGUGUGUAAAUCCCCUACAGCGACUUCUACAUCAGUCAAGGUGAUAACACACUCUAACAGCACUUUCAAGCAACCUUACACUAAGCGUUGGUGUAGUUUUGUUUUGUAAGCCUCUUCUGAAUCCAUAUAGAGAUGGCAUAGAUAAGCUAUUAUAAGCAACUUCUCACAUUGACAGAUUUUCAGAUUGUUGUUUCUCCCACCAGGCCUGUGGUCUAGCAGCUACCGACGUGUUAAGGUUCAGAGAGAGCGUGCCGUUUAAAAUAACUUCAUUGGUAUGAACGAAACAUGCAUCUGGUUUUUUUUUUUAAAAGCAAACACACCCAGCUGUUUCUUGCCAUCCAUGUUUUACAGAGAACGACAAUUCAAAAUUAUUUGGUAUGUAACUCGGUUAAAAAUACUUUGCCAUUAAAAUGUCUAAUUUGUGUUCACAUGUUGAGCUUUAGUUUAAUUUGUGAAGGUUAAUGGGGGUUUUAUAACAUUACAUUAGAUUGUUUCUGGCCUAAAUUAAGAUCCACUUUUGCAUUUAACAUGCAGUGUAAAUCUAUGUCAGUACAUUUGGCUUUCCACAUUACAUGAGUUCCCAGAGUACUUAUUCCUCCACUGCUGUGCUUACAUGUGUUCAUCACAUUGGUCUGUCAGAUGUAUGAGUCAUACUCUUCUCCAUAGUUACAAUCAUAAAUCAAAUCCAUUACUGUUGUUGGAUGACACUCAACAAGCCACCUAUAACGUUUUUUUUGUUUUGAAAUGAAUAUUACCUUGAUUGUAUUAAAGGAUCAGCUUUUUAAAUGUUAGUGUAGGCUUUGAAAACACAUUAAAUGUAAUGAGCAUUGCACCAUUUUUACUUGAUGAUCAUAGUAAUCUCUUAGUUUUGACUUGACAAAUGGCAAAAGUGAAAAUUGCAAUUACGUAGAUCACUGACCCAUGCAACUAUUUUGCUUAAGGUCUUCCUAUGAAUGCAAACUCAAAUUUAUCAAACAACACUAAAAAUCCAACCCAUUAUACAAUAUCUGCAAGAUUGAGAAUGUAAUUUCAAUGUCAACCUUUUUUUAAUACCAAAGUUAAUACUUGCUACUUCUUUUCAGUUUUUAACUUGUGUCACCUUUAUAAACACUGCGACUCAGUAACUACAAACCAGAAGAAAGAAAUACUUCGAUAACAAAAUUAAGCUUUUCAUUUUCCUUAUCUGACUACAUGUCUAGAAGGAUAUUUUUGUGGUGACCUGUGAGAUUGUCUAAAUGUGUCAUGCUGUUUAUAUGUUUGAUGCAUUGAUCUCAUUUGAAUUCUGCGGAUUGUGCAAGGUUUACUCUGUGUGUAUUGCUCAAAAAGCACAUUUAGUUAACGCUGACGUGUGAAUGCUUUGAUUGGUGGGGUUGUUUGAUUUUUACAUGUCUACAUUGUUAAAUAAAAGUUGUGGAUCUGAAAAUAA